AACACCGUACUAACUCGUUCCCACGAAAUGUAUUAAAGAGAAGUAAUGAUUCGUAGUAGGAGAACACGCAAUAUUUUCAUAUUAUUUAAGGUUUGUAGAUCAUUCCCGAAAAGUGCGAACGUGGGUUACCUCAUUGGCGAAUGCUGUAAUAGAAAUUUCUUUAUAUUUGAUCGAAUAAGUGAAUUCCAGUUAUACAACUUGUUCUGAAGUAAUUGACUCGCGUGGAUUGAACAUAGACAAAGAUACAAAAUGGGUUGGGGAACAAAAAUGGAUGGCUGUGGAAAUUUUAUAAAGUACAGUUUAUUCAUUGUAAACUUCAUUAUAUUUUUGGGAGGGAUUGUAGUAGUUUCCAUUGGAAUUUGGACGAUUGUUGAUAAAUCUUUCGCCAAUGAACUUCUUGGAACGAAUCUGUAUGCUGGAGCGGCUUAUAUAUUACUGGCUACUGGAAUAUUAGUCACAUUCAUUUCAUGUCUUGGUUGCGUGGGAUCGGUGAAGGAAGUUCGAUGUAUGCUAGUCAUAUACUUCAUCAUUCUUUUCUUGAUUUUCGUCACAAUGCUUGUCGGAGGAAUAUUAGGUUAUGUCUUCCGUGGUAAAAUAGAUAAUACAAUAAGAAUUGGAAUGGAGAGCUCACUAAGAGAUUAUGGAAAUAAUAAAGCUGUAACAGAUGCAUGGGAUCAAACCCAGAUUCAAUUGAAAUGUUGUGGAAUAUAUGGUUACCAAGAUUGGCAAAAUAACAUACCUAGAUCUUGUUGUAAAAUGACAGCUAAUGGCAUAGCAGUUCCAUGUAACAGUGUUGAAGGAAAUAAUGAAUUCACAAUUAAUCAAGACGGAUGCCUAGGAGUUACCAAAAAUUUUGUCAAAGCGCACGCUGUUGUCAUAGGUACUGCUGGAAUUGUAGUUUCUUGUCUUAUGAUUUUGGGCAUGGUGUUCUCAUGUUACCUGUUCAAAUCAUUGGAAUAAACCGCGAUUGCCAUCGUCAAAUCAGUGAAGUUAUAACGAAUGAAUUAUUGAAUCCAUUUAUAUGUGAUCAUUUUGUUCUGUACUUAAUUGUGGUAAUCAAGAAUAAUUAAUUUCUUCCAUUAGAAUAUUCAUCGAGUUAUUUGAAUCAAAUUAUGUAGGUAACUGCUUAAUAAUACACUGGUUUAUCAGAAAAUUGACAAAUGCAUAUAUACUUUGUUAAAAACGAUCAGCUCUCGAAGUACUGUAUUCAAAUAUCUUAUCUUCAGAAAGUAAAACAAUAAAAUUAUGAAGAAGACAACAACUUAUCAAGAUUUUUAUCAAAUUUUCACAUAAAUUAAUGCACGCGAUAACUUCAAUCCAGGAAAAUAUUAAUAAAAAAUAGCAGAUUGCAUAACUGAAUAAUGUACCUGAGUUGAAUCAUUCAAAUACCUUAUAUAGAAACAUCUCUAUCAAAAACAAACUGCAACUCCCUCCCAGAUACAAAUAUCCUUCAAUGAAUUGGUAUAAAAAUAUUCCAAGUUCAGUAUCAUUUAUAACGAUGCACCCAAAACAACAUCAGGAAAUGCUACUGCUUAUAUUUGUAAUGCCCGGCGUCUACCUAACAAAUGUAGUAUUUACACUGGAGAAGCAUUUGCUAUAUUCCAUGCUCUAAAAAUGUGCAGAAUAGAAAAAAUUCCCUAAUCGUAUAUAAUUCAUCAAGCACACUAACAGAUCUUAUAUCGUCACAUAGGGAGUGAAAGGCAAAGAAGAAGUAGACUCUUGAACACAUCAAUAUCCUCUAACAAAUAAAACGGCGUCUUUAUGUCAAACAUACCAAACAAGAUUCACAGAAGACGCUAUAAGCUAAGAAAAAAUUUGAAAUCAAUUCUUUCUUCAUCCGGAAACAAAGUGCUAUGUUAUCUUAAAGACACAAAUUUGAUAUCUAAAAUCUAAUGUCUCAUUAUUAUAAACACUAGUACUAUGUUGUGAAUGUCUCCCCUGCUAAUAACUCUUAGUAGUUGAUGCGAGGUUAUGUAUGUUUAAAUAAACAUAUAUUUCUACAGCAAAAUUCUGUUCCUCUCCUUGUACACGAUAAGUUCAUAAAUUAAAUAUACUAAAUUUCAAGAAAAUGUGAACAUAAUAUUCUAUUAUGCAAAAACAUUUAAAUUUUAUGUUUAUAAUAAAACAUACUGUAAAUAUGUGUAUUUUCCUAUUCGCAUUUAUCUGAAUACUUAGAUUCUACAACUCGGAAAAUAUAAAUUUCUAUUUUCAAUUGAUUCCUAUUCCAUUUAUGAAUGAGAGCGUUAUGUCUUAUCCUUCUCAGAAUGUAUUUUUUUUUUUUUUGGAAACUUGAGAGACACCUAUCGUUUAUUUGCUAUUGAAAUGAAACAACUGUCGACGCUUGUUCCCAAUUAAAGCAAAUAAUAAGAGUUUAAAAACAAAACCUACCUAAAAUAAUAUAGAAACCAUUUUCAAUCCAAUUCAUUUUAAUUAUCAUAAUAUUGAAACUUCUAGAAUUCAGUAUUAUAUUUCAACUAAAAAAAUGGUAAUUGUUUCCAUUCAUUUAUAACAGAAAUUAUUUCCUUCUCUUUAAUCAUAUUAAUUUUAACAUUAUCAGUACCAUCGUGUAUUAAAUAAACAAAUAUGAUUAUUAAGAUCUAAAAAAGUGUGCUCGUAAUAAAAAUGAUUACAAUAAUUUAUAAACUUUAAGAUUAACAAAUAGUUGGUAUUGUUAAUAUUCUAGAGCUCAACUUGUGGAGAUCCGCAAUGUAUUUUUAACAACAGGUAACUGUGGAAGCACUGAGACAUACCAUGAAAAUGUCAACAUUGAUAAUAUGGAUUAUAAAACAAUUCAUACAAUGUUUAUUAACCUAUAUUCAUAUCCAAUUGUUGAAGGAUUGAAAUAAAUAUUAAUAGUAUCCAACAUACAUAUUACAUAUGUUCACUGAGCACAAAACUUCGUACACUUCUUAUAGAAUCAAGUUUCAUAAAAUUUUGAUAUUCUUGACUAAUCCAUUCCUCUGGUAGAAUCAUUUGAAAAUUGCAAAUGUAUAAUACUCGCUGAAGCUAGUAAACAGUAUCAAUACACAAUUCCUAAACAUCUAAUUACUUACUUGCAGUCACGGAAAUCUUGCUUUGGUUUUGAUUGAUAUUCACCCUGUAUAGAAGCUUCAUCGCUAGUGCUUCUGCUCAAAUAAAGCAUAGUAUUCAAAAUUAUUUGCGAAUUCGCAUCCCAAAUUCUUGAAUAAGAUCCACAGAAUAGUUUUAGAAACUUCGAAGCACCCAUACAGCAUAUUUUCUACAUUUAGCCAAUCGAAGAUAAUUUUUCAUAAGAAUUGACUCUCAGUGUGUUCUGUAUUGUGUUUGUCGAUAAACCAGUGAAUAAAUUUGUGUUUCAUUUCAUGACAAUGAAGACUAUUUAUUCAAAACAAAGACCACAAUUCUUCAUUUGAAAUGUUGCACCACAAAGUAGAUUAAAAUUUAAUUCGUACAUCAAUGGACUUUACAGGAAAAAUUUUCGUUAAAUUUUAGAUGAAAUAUACGAUGCAUAUUUUUCACUAGUCUAAGACACCACCACUAUUCAAUGUUUAUAGAAUAUACUAACAUGCAUUUAUAGAUACUUGGACUAGCACAUAUUAUAAUAAAAAAUAUUUUUCAACAUAUAUGAAUAUUAUCAAUACUAAAGUACAAAAUAUAUUUAUAAGAAGACAAUUGUUCAUUCUUUUUAUUUAAGACUAUUUAGAGUUUCUAAUAUUUUUAAAGAUCAGUAUAGAUGUUGCUGUUUUCAGAUAUUUGUAACUGAAGGUGAAUUUAUGUAUGUUCAACGAAAUAUUGAAGCAGAUCUCUUUGUAAAAGUAUAUAUAAUAAAUGUUUAUCACUUGUGCAGAGGCUA